AUGGGCGAGGCGCAGCAAUCAAAUAUUCCAGCAGUAAUUCAGAAGGUGCACUUCGGCAGUCUUGCUAAUGAAGAAGUUGUUCAUAAGUUGCAGGCAGAAGCUGAGAAACGUGAAGCUGAAAGAAAAGAUGAUCAGUUCGAUUUGGAGAUGGUGGAUAAUCCCAUGGAAAGGGAAGUAAUGGCAGAAUUUGAAAGACGACGAAGAGCUCGUACUUUAACUUUACCUACGGAUGAUGGCCAUGUUAAACUUCUUUUGCGAAAACUUGAUGAACCAAUCUGUCUUUUUGGAGAGGACAAGUUGGACCGGAAGGAAAGGUUGCGGGCUUUGCUAUCAACAUUAUCUGAAGAAGAAGUUACAAGGAUACUGCACAGUCCUGAAGAAACAGAAACCGUGCAACAACGAGAUUCAUCUACAUGGUAUCAUAAAGGGCCAGUAGCUCUUCGGGAUGUCCGCGUCGCGAUUGCUGAUUUUUCUUUGAGAAGAGCUCAAGAAAGAUUACGGAAGGCUCAUAAAGAAGCUACUCGUACGACAAAUGAUGCUGCUGUGCGUGCACAAGAAAUGCAUCGGUGGGUCGCAGCACUGACUGUUUAUGGUUCACAAGUGGCAGAUGUUAGACCUGUUUCCUACUGUGAAUUUUCACCUGACUCGAAACAUCUAAUCACUUCUGGAUGGUCAGGAGAAUGUAGCAUUUGGUCGAUACCAGAAAGUAGUCGUGAAAGAAGAUUUGUUGGACACGCCAGCCAAGCAGGAUGCGCUAGAUUUCAUCCAGGGGCAUAUGUUUCGCAGGAAUCAUAUGCACUGAAUGCAGCUAGUUGCAGCCAUGAUGGGACGGUAAAAUUAUGGAGCCUAGAAAGUGAUUCGCCACUAUCUGAACUGGAACCACACUCUCAGCGGGUCUCUCGGAUUGCUUUUCAUCCAUCUGGACGAUUCCUUGCUUCUUGCUGUUUUGAUUGCUCAUGGAGACUAUUUGAUCUGCAGUAUGGACAGGAAGUUCUUUUUCAAGAAGGACACAGCCGGCCGGUUUUUCAUGCCGAUUUUCAAGUGGAUGGAUCACUCAUUAUGACAGUCGGAAUGGAUUGUUAUGGCCGUGUGUGGGAUUUACGAACAGGGCGCUGUAUUAUGUUUUUGGAAGGCCAUCAGAAAGAAAUCCACUGUGGACAAUGGUUACCAAAUGGUUAUCAGAUGGUCACGGGUUCUGCGGACAAUAGUUGCAUGGUUUGGGAUUUGAGGAUAAGGCGUGCACUUAAACCAAUUGCUGCACAUACUUCUCUUGUAUCUGGUCUUCGGGUAGAAUCAAAGGGACAGUACAUUAUUACAUCAUCCUUCGAUAACUCUCUAAAAGUUUGGGAAACUUGCGGUUGGCGUCCUCUACGGCAGCUUAUGGGUCAUGAUACGAAAGUGAUGGGAGUUGACAUAUCUCCUGAUGGAAAGUGGGUUGCAAGUGUUGCUUUUGACCGUACCUUCAAACUUUGGACGAAACAGCUUUAUUAA